AUGGCGGAUGCCACCCGGCUCCUCCUAAGGGAUAUGGAAGACAUUCUGAAACACCACUUUCAACAGCUAUGCACGGUGAUUCAGACAGAAUGGGGGAACCUGAGGGAUGCGAUCGACCCAGAGAGGAGUAUUACAAAUUCACAACUGAACCAGCAGGACUUGACUCCUGAUGCGCUGUGGGUUGCCGAUGACCCUUCAGCUCCUUCUGGGGUGAUGAUUCUCGAUUGGGACGUUCACCAUGGAAACGGCACACAACAUAUCUUCCAGGAAGAUGCAAGUGUGCUAUACGUGUCCAUCCAUCGAUAUGAUCACGGUCUCUUUUUUCCAUGUUCUGAGGAUGCUGCACAUGAUAAGGUCGGUACUGGUCAGGGAGAGGGAUUCAAUGUGAACAUCCCCUGGAAUGGUGCAAAGAUGGGCGACCCAGAGUAUCUAAUGGCUUUUCACAGAGUAGUGAUGCCCAUUGCCUAUGAGUUUAACCCACAGCUGGUUCUGGUAUCUGCUGGUUUUGAUGCUGCCCGCGGAGAUCCUCUUGGAGGUUGCCAGGUAACCCCUGAAGGUUACGCCCACAUGACGCACCUCCUGAUGGGGUUAGCAGGGGGUAGAGUGGUGGUGGUACUUGAGGGAGGAUAUAAUCUCACUUCCAUCUCUGAGUCUAUGGUCAUGUGCACCCAAACCCUUCUCGGUGACCCUCCUGCCUUCAUAUUAGAAAGGCGCUCCCUUCGGGUGUCAGCCCUGCGUUCACUCCACAAUGUGCUGAAUGUGCAACGUCAAUACUGGCAUGGCUUGCGCCUUAAUGUUACAGUAAAGUCCUCCCAUCUUGAAAGUACAGAAGAUCAAACAACCCCAAGCAAAAACAUUUGUAGAAAGAGUAGGACAGUAGAAAGUACUGGGCCGUCACCCCACAAACCUGUAACUACAGCAGAUAUGGGCAACACAGGUGCUGUGGCACUGACAUCUCAGCAUGUGGAACCAGAACACAGUUUUGAUGCCCCACCAUCUGUGACACAGGAAAAGGAUAACUCAGCAUCUCUUUGUCUACAGAAUAAUGUAGCCAAUGAGCUAGUGAGGAAAGUUGAGACUCCUGAGAGAAUUCCACUUGAGGGGCUUGAAAGGGAGGGAGAGACUCUAAAGAAUGUUCUACAUGAGGAUAUUGAGAGGGAGAAUCCUGAAUGCAUGUCACAAAAAAAGCCAGACAAUGAUGACGAGAUUCUUCAAGGCAACUUACAUGAGAUAUGUGCAAGUGAUACACCCGGACAUCUCCAUCACCAUGAGAAGCAGAGCCCUAGAAGCCCUUCACAUCAGGGGCUCUCAGAACAUUACCAACAUGAAGAACUUAGAGAGGGAGAGACUACCUUACAUGAUCUCAUGAGAAAGUGCCCUAUUCAUAAUCCAUAUGUACAAAUUGUGAGCAAGGAUUGUGUGUGUCAAUCACAUCAGGAUACUGUAACAAAUAGGGAGACUCUUGAGGUUUCACAACAUGCACUGAUCAGCUUGACAGAUAAGGAAGCUCACAAGCACUUGGUGUAUGAAAGGACUGAGGUGAAGGGUGAGACAGCUGAGCAGGACCUGCCCAGAGCAGCAAGUCCCUCAGAACAACUUUUAGAUUUCAAACAUUUGCAACUGGGUGAUGAGAUGGACAACAGCUCCUUAGUCAUCUCACUAGAGGACACGCCACCUUGGGAGGGAGCUGGAAGAGAAGCCGUUCUCUGUAAGGGAGGUGAAACGAGAGACAAAGUUGCCAAUAGAUGUGAAAAAACAAGUGAGGAGACACAGAUGAGACUAGACCUCCAAAAUGAUGACAAACUAUUGUCAGAAGCAGCUGGCGGUUGUGACACUACGUUGCCCAGUACACUGUGCCAAAUCUUUGUGGAUCCAUUGCUGGGGGAUUCUGAGACAGGAUUUGCAGUGUUGCCAUUGUCCUGGUGUCCCCACUUGACAUCUGUGCGUGAAGUGCCAACCGGCGGUCUCAAUGUAUCACAACCAUGUGCUGAGUGCAAUACCCAGCUGGAAAAUUGGGUCUGUCUCACUUGUUAUCAGGUGCUGUGCGGGCGAUAUGUCUCUAAACAUAUGCUCUUACAUGGUGUCACAUCUGGACACAACCUUGUCCUCAGCUUUUCAGACAUUUCAGUUUGGUGCUAUGGCUGUGAGUCCUAUGUACAUCAUGAGGUGUUGCUCCCAGCUAAAUGUUCUGCCUAUUAUGACAAAUUUGGUGAAGAAAUGACAAUUAUAUGAUGUCCCAUCCAGAAUCCUUUGCUUCAGCCUGAUUAACUGCAAAGCUCGUUAA